AUGACCACAGCACCAUGUACGACUGCUAACACAAGGGACGGGAAGGCUACCGUUCUCGCGUCGUCCUUCUCCAUGUCUCCGUCCAUUCCCGACAAUGGGCUGACUCGAGCGGGGAAUGGCGACGCGCAGAAGUCUCCAUCUCAAAAACACCAUGUUCAGCAUAGCCGGUCUUCAAGCUCCAGCCAGCCCAGAUCAGGAGCCAAUUGUUCAACACGCGAGGCGCUUUUUCGGAAUGAAUCCGGCUUAUCUAUCGUAAAAGGUAGCACACCUAGAGGACAGGGUGCCGAACCAACGACAAGAGCUUCCCCAGGUAUAGCCGCGUCCUCCUUGAGCAGGUACAAUGGGGAGACAACAAGCUUCAAAUCCCAUCGAGACAUCGGUAAGGGAGAGAUAUUUUCCCCUACAGGAGGAGAUUUGGGUUCACAACAGAAACCGGAGAAUUCUAAACCGAAGGCCGUUAAGAACAGUCCAAAGCAUUCAAGCGUCGAGAACCGCGCGAACCUCAAUCUCCAGGACUUCAGAAGAGUUAUAACAAAGGCCGCGAAGAUGAUAGAAGACAAAAGCAAGGCCCCAGAAGCUGCCAAGCUAAUCCUGGACGCGAUGUUGUGGGAUGGUAUCAAGAAACUCCCCCGCGACAACUUUGACGUUGUAGUCGCGCGGCACCAUUUGGGAGAGUGCUAUUUCUACAUGGAGAACUAUGGUGAAGCCGAGACCCUUUACCGACAGGUUCUCAAAGCCCGGAAAUCCCAGAAGCCUCCCGAUCCAUCAAAAGUUUUAGGGGUUCGACAGGAUCUAGCGGCCGCGCUUAUCAAGUUCGCCGAGCAAGAGAAGACGCGAGAUACUGCGAAAGCUGAGAAGCUGAACUUCGAGGCACUGACCCUGGCCACGGAGAGCAUGAAUGAGAAGAACAACAUCAGAUUGGACGAGGACAUAGAUAAUGUACUUCAUUGCACAGAUGUCUUGCUGGAAAACCAAAACCGAAAGCCCUUGGAGCUUGCCAAGCUGAAUAGGAGUCGUGUUCGCGCGCUGGUCAAAAUUGGCGGCGAUAUGAGCGACGAAGAAGUGGAGGAUAUGAAAUUUCGCGGAAUUGCGGCGUUAAAGUUGUUCACCGUGGAUCUGAAGGAUCGAAAGCGCGGGUACGAGGUUUACAACACUGUUGAGUCCCGCAUCCGGAAGUAUGGCGCCCAGGAUGCCGAUCAGUCCGCAAUGGCAGCACACUUAGGAGACGUGUUCAAGAAUGAGUGGAGGAAAGCUACUGGGCUUCUGGCACGUAAGAGAUGGAAGAAAUGCCUAGAAAAGGUGCGUGCUGGUGUGAGGAGGGAUGUCCUACCCCGGAAGAAGGAGAUUCGGGAAAGGUGGCAUCUCAUUUGCCGAAGAUUAACAGCCAGGCAAAGAUGGCGCAAGGUUUUAUCAAACGCCAGGGUAAGUGCCAGGCGAACAAUCACUUGCCGUAGGAGACAAACCCUGAACCAGUGGAACUCAUUGGUCCAAGAGGUUUUGCAGAAGAAGAGGAAGGAGGAGGAGGAGAAAAGUAGGAAGAAAGAUGAAGAGCAGAAGAGGCUAAAAGGGGAAGAGGAAAAGAAGAGGAAUGAGGAAACCCGAGCGAGAAGGUUGGACGAAGCGAGAGAAAAGAAGAAAAGGGAGAAGGAUCUGAUGAAUAAGCGAAAGGAGGAAGAGCAAGCGUCAAAGAGGGUCAAAGAGUUGGAGGAAGAAGAGGCUCUAAAUAGGGAGAAAAAGACACAGGAAGAUCUCGAGAUCCAGCAAGGGAUCAGCAGAGCAGACACAGGAUGUACGGAAUGGUCGGGACCUGAAACACCGUUAUCUCUUGACACAGGACCGGCCUUUUUCGACUCGGAAGCUGUCCUCGACAGCAUACAGAACAGUGAAAAGUGGAUAAAGGAUUUUAUUAGGUCUCGCGACAUGAUUAUCAGUCCUCGACAUGACAAGAACAUGGAGCGAGUCAGGGUUACCAUAAUCGAUACAGGCCUCGACAAAACCCACCCAUUUGUCACUAAGCGGCAAUGGCAGGAUUUCAGACAAGCAGCAAACAAAAAGGUUGCUCUUUUCCAGGACUUUGUGACAGAGAAGCCCAGCCGGGAAGCAAUCGACGAAGACGGGCAUGGUACUUUUAUCGCUGGUGUUGUGCUUCAACUCGCACCACUCGUUGAGCUCUCCAUAGCUCGAGUGGCCACAACGCGCGCUUCCUUGAUGAAGGAUCCCGACGCAGAGGGGAAAGUGACAAAGGCAAUUGACCAUGCCAUCACGGAAUGGGACACAGACAUCAUCUCAAUGUCGUUUGGGUUCCGGCUUAUCAAGACACCAGGAUUCCGAGCAGCAAUCAGCAGGGCGACGUCGAAAAAUAAGAUCCUUUGUGCGGCCGCAGGCAACUUCGGGAACUCAGAAGCCAACCUUUCUUUCCCUGCUCGGCUCUCGGAGGUUUUCAAGAUCUUUGCGACCGAUCACCAGGGUGGCAAAUGCUCAUUCAGCCCGAGGCCGGGCGUGGACAGGGACUUCUGCUUCAGCAUCCUGGGUCACGAUGUCGCAUCGAUCUGGCCGGAAACCCUGAGGGACAAGGACAAGUUGACACCCCUGAAGGUGGUGAACAAGAGAAACCCGAAGAAGUAUCCAGGCCUCUGGGUCGCCAUGUCGGGGACCUCGUUCGCGACGCCGAUUGCCGCGUCCGUCAUCUCCAUCCUGUAUCAGUUCUACGACGCAAACAAGGCCGAGAUCAACCUCGAACCGGCGUUGGAAUUCAAGACAGUCGAGGCCGUCCGGGCCAUACUCUUGAAAAUGAGCAUGGCACCGACCGCGGACCAGCACAACUUCCUCAACCCUUGGGUGGGCCGAGACAACUACUUCAACUUCAGCGGGGAAGAAAAGAGCGGUUCGGUGUCUUUUUUUGCUCAGAUGCUGAGGCUUUGCUUAGGCGCUUGGAAUAAGUAG